CCCAAGCCCGUCAUCGCCGCCGUGCACGGACCCUGCAUCGGAGCCGGUGUUGACCUGAUCUCGGCCUGUGACAUCCGGUUCUGCUCCCAGGACGCCUCGUUCCAGGUCAAGGAGGUUGACAUCGGGCUGGCGGCCGACGUGGGGACCCUCCAGCGCCUCCCCAAAAUCGUGGGGAGCCAGAGGUGGGUGAGGGGGCUUGGUCUUCAGCCCGAAAUGAUGUUGGCGCCCGAGGCCCUGAGAUGCGGCCUCGUAAGCCGGGUGCUGCCCGACAAGGCCGCGCUGCUGGAGGUGGCCCUGGGGGUGGCCGUGGCCAUCGCCGCCCGCAGCCCCGUGGCCGUGCAGGGCACCAAGAUCAACCUCGUCUACUCGAGGGACCGACCCACCCCCGAGGGGCUGCAGCACAUGGCCACGUGGAACAUGGCCAUGCUGCAGACCGAGGACAUCCUCAAGUCGGUGCAGGCGGCCCUGGAGAAGAAGGGCCCCGAGGAGGUCCCCUUUGCCAAGCUCUGAUGUCACCGGGGGGCCACCGAGGUCCCCUCUGUGUCCCCAACGUCCCCUCCCCAUCCCCAGGCUCUGGUGUCACCGGGGUGUCCCCAACAUCCCCUUCAGCCUUAAUGUCACCUCGGUGCCACCACCCCCUCCCCAGUGUCCCCUUCCCGGGGCUCUGGGGUCCCCUCAGUGCCACCACCCCCUCUCAGUGUCCCCUUCCCGGGGCUCUGGGGUCCCCUCAGUGCCACCACCCCCUCUCAGUGUCCCCCAGGCUCUGGGGUCCCCUCAGUGCCACCACCCCCUCUCAGUGUCCCCCAGGCUCUGGUGUCACCUCGGUGCCACCACCCCCUCUCAGUGUCCCCUUCCCGGGGCUCUGGGGUCCCCUCGGUGCCACCACCCCCUCUCAGUGUCCCCUUCCCGGGGCUCUGGGGUCCCCUCAGUGCCACCACCCCCUCUCAGUGUCCCCCAGGCUCUGGUGUCACCGGGGUGUCCCCAACAUCCCCUUCAGCCUUAAUGUCACCUCAGUGCCACCAACCCCUCCCCAGUGUCCCCUUCCCGGGGCUCUGGUGUCACCUCAGUGCCACCAACCCCUCUGUGUCCCCCAGGCUCUGGUGUCACCCCAGUGCCACCACCCCCUCCCCGGUGUCCCCUUCCCGGGGCUCUGGUGUCACCUCAGUGCCACCACCCCCUCUCAAUGUCCCCCAGGCUCUGGUGUCACCCCAGUGCCACCACCCCCUUUCAGUGUCCCCCAGGCUCUGGUGUCACCCCAGUGCCACCACCCCCUCUCAGUGUCCCCUUCCCGGGGCUCUGGGGUCCCCUCGGUGUCCCCAAUAAACCCCUUUGUCCCCAA